AUGGAAGUGGACAGUAGCCCUGAGUACUUGAUCAUCUUCAACGACAGUAUCAACCUAUCGUUUCCGGCCGGCGACGACCGCGAGCCUUGUCAGCUGAUUAACUCAGAGCGCAACCGCAUCUUGGCCGUCGUCUUCGCCAUCAUCUUCUGCCUGUCGGUGGUCGGCAACUGUCUG